AUGCGCAAACCAUCAGCCUGCAGCACCUGCCGAGCACGACGGCGCAAAUGCAUCUACCCAAGCGGAGACCGAAAUGAUCGAGUGAUUGCAUGCGAAUACUGUCGGUCACGAGCACUGCUCUGUGUUCAAAGGCCUCCUGAAGGCGGUUAUUAUGCUCAGCGUCAAGCAAGGAUUGAGGAAUUUGAGGCGGUCCAGCAGACCUCAGCGUCUCCGCGGGAUCCACCAACGCCUGCGUCAAGUCAUACUCCAUCCUACCUGCCACCAGUGCCCUUGAGGCUGGAGCUGGUAAACUUGUACUUUGAUUUCAUCCACGACCAGUUCCACUCUAUGUACCAUCGCCCGUCCUUUACUGAGGAUGUAGCACGAGAGAGGGUGCCCAGAAUCAUCCUGCUUGCCAUCUUCGCCCUCUCCUCCAGGUUCUCGAGCAACUCGGUCUACAUUGAAUUAGACCCACGAGAAAGAGGGGAAGGGUUUCGAACGGCAAGUGAAGCACUGCUCGAUCUACGUGACGUAUCACCGGUUACGAUACAAGCAUGCGUACUACUAGGCGCUUAUGCAGCAGCAAACGGUGACACAGACAUUGAGAACGUAUACUACAGUACAGCAGGCCGCAUGUGUCUGGUUCUCGACUUGCCCAGUCGGCCAGUUGCUAGCCUUCUGGAAAGAGAAGUCAACAUCAGAGUAUGGUGGACUGUUUGUAUGGUCGACGUCUGGUCGUCAGCUGCAGUGAAAGUCCCCAGAAUCAUGCCGCUGGAUAGUACGGUCUCGUACCCUAUCGAUGAGAUCCCCUUCUCUUCCAUGAGCGCCAACUUCACCUCAAACUUUAUUAACAACCCCGCGACAUACGGAUCACCAAUUCUCACCGAAAUGAUCAAAUUGAACCGGAUACUAUUACAAGUCAUCGACUUCAAUCAUAGAUGCGUUUCGGAGCAUCUCGAAGGUGAAUCUUUGGAAUUGGGAGUCCGAUCGCUCUCUCGUGAACUGGGGAUGUGGUUAGAGAGCUUGCCGCAUCACAUGAGAGAUACUCCUGACAACUUCAAGUGGUUCGCUUCCCGUGGCCUUGGACGGAUGUUCGCAGCCAUGUACCUCGGGUAUUACCACUAUGGCCAGCUCCUUUACUAUCAGUUCCUAGGCGCAGAUGCCAUAUCCACUUCAACACUAUACGCUACGGAUUGUAAACACCAUGCCUCAAAGUUAUGCGAAGUGGUCUAUCGAUCCUUUGCCACUCCGGGUAGUGAGGUCAUGUAUCCAGCAGUCGCGCACAUUCUCGUCAUCGCAUCCACCGUCCAGAUACACACCCUACUCUUCUCUGGAGACAACGGACAGAUACGGCAGGCGAAGUCGCGUCUUGAACGCAAUUUCGAGAUACUCCUACGACUUCGACCAUUCUGGUCUAGUGUCGACAGCGCCAUGAGUCGCUUGAGAGCCUUCCAUCAGACUUGUUUACGAUGCAAGGAUACCAGUUUCGUCCUGGAUCGCUGGCUGCUAAGGUUCUUGGUACAGUUUGCGCCACACAUGGAGCUCGAGCCGCGAGACAACGAUCCUCACUACGAGGCUCUCCUUGCUCUCUCAAAGCAAUCGCCAUUGUCGUGUUCUUCAGUAUCGGUAACAUAG